CGGCCACUCGAUUCAUCGCGCCCUGCGAAAAUUUCAGCGUGCCUUGACCGCAUGCGCGCGGAGGGAAAGGACUGGUUUGUUACAUUGCGGCAGCCCUAGGUGCCACGGGACGCAGCCCCGGGCGGCGCCAGCGGAGUUGCCAGCAGAGCCCCACCAGGAGCACAUAGACGACCAGCUGAGCCUAGUGAGCUUGGCGCAACGCCGCCGCGCCCACAACGAUGAGGCGCCGCCUCGCCCUGCUCCUCUUGGUGAAGCAUGUCGCGGCCUUCGAGCGCAUCGCCUGCCUCGGCGACAGUAUUGUGCGAGGCGACACGAAGCACGAGGAGGAAGACGAGUGGGAAGAUGGGAAGUUCGAUCGAGGUAACUACCCGGCCAUCCUCGAAGAUUUAAUUGAUGGUUCAACGACGUGUGCCAACUUCGGGGCUUCUGGCGUGUGUGUGGACCCCGAUGCGAAGUUCUACCUGAACUCAGAUAGAUUUGACGCGGCGAUCGACUUUGAUCCGGACCUCGUAGUCAUCAUGAUCGGCGUGAACGACGCGAAGGAGAAGUUGAAUAUCGGUGAUUAUGAAGAUGGUUAUGAACAAAUACUCUCGAAGAUGGAGGACAAGAUGAAGAACCUGCAGGAAAUUUAUAUUGUCAUACCCUUUAACAUUAUUGGUACGUGUUGCGACAUCGACAUGGAGCGCUACAAUGAUGAAGUUUCGGUGGCUACCUUGAAUUUUUGUUUGAGUCAACAGCCGUCCUACAAGGGCAUUCCCAUCACAUGUCUGGACAUCCGCGACGAAUGGAACGCGCGGACGGGGUGUGGUACUUGUGCUCAUGAUGGAGGCGGGGAUGCUUGUAGUGGAUAUUCUACGCGAGAUGAUGACAGUGUGACUGGAACGUGCUGGUCGUACUACGAUCCGGAUGAUGGUAUUCAUACUGAUGAUACGGGGUCGCAGUUGCUAGCCGAACUCAUCUACGAGGCACUGCCGAACAUGCCCUCGCGCGCGCCGACGCCGUCGCCGCCGCCCUCUUCUCAACCUACGUACGCGCCCGUGCCGUUCCCUACGCCGCGGCCUACGAAAGUACCAAAACCCCAGCCGACGCGGAUGCCGACUGCCGUGCCCUCUCCCGCGCCGGUUUAUCAGCCGUCGCCGUCGCCCUCGGGACGCCCCAUCCCGGCGCCGACCGUGACGCCCGGCGAGCCUUCAGCAAAGCCGACGCCGAGCCCGUCACCGGCGCCGUCGCCGCGGCCGACGCCGCGGCCCUCGCUCCGGCCGACGGGUGCGCCGUCGCCGAAACCUUCACUAAAUCCGACGGUCACGCCGGGCAACCCAACGGCCGCGCCGUUCCCGGCGCCCUCGCUCAAGCCCACCUCUCCAAAGACGACGGCGAGCCCCACUUUUGUGGAGAUUGCCACGGGCACGCUGACCCUCCAAGGGAUUGAUUCCGCUACGGCUCUCCAGCAGAAGGAUGCCAUCGCCGCGUCCAUCGCGGCGCUCUUCGAGGGCGACCGCGUCUCCGUCACGAUCUUGGUGUUAGAAAGGCGACGGCUCCAAGCGACGGAUCAGGCCGUCGUCAUAUUCACGGUGACGGCGCCGCUCUCCGCGCAAGCCAUCUCCACAACAUUAACAGAGGCCCAGGCCAGCGGCGCGCUGGACGCUAAUCUUAAAGCGCAGGGCGUCGACGCCACGGCCGCUUCCGUCGCCAUGGACGGCGCCCAGGACGACUCCAAGGACUCGCCUUCAACCGCCGGCGCGGACAUGAACAUCGUGCUGGCGAUCUGCUUCAUCUGCGUCGGGCUGGUGGGCGCGACGGGCGUCCUCAUGUACUGGCGGGGGAUGAAGCGGAAGCGCGCCGCGCAACCCUACAAAAACGCCAAGGCGUUGCCGGAUGCGUCGUCGCCCUUUAAGAACCCGAAGAGCCCGUCGCCGCGUGAUGGGGAAAGAGUCGCUUUACGUUCUGGUCUGGCGGCGACGGUCGACGUCGAGGGGUUGGACGUCAUGGAGACGACGGUGGCCGUGUCCCAAUCCACGAUCACGACCAGCGACAUGGACCAACUAGAUCAAUUGACCGAUGCGCUGGAGCCGCCUAACGCGCCGCCGAUGUCACCGCAGCAGCGGCCUUUCCACUCGCCUUCCCAGAAGGCCCGCAAACAUCGACCCGCAGAAGCGCCCUCGGAGCUUGAGCUGCCGUCGGGCCGCGACGCGACGCCCAUCCCGGUCCGGCGGAUCAAGCUCGGGCCGAUCGGGCCGCCGCCGCCGCCGCCACCACCACCACCACCGCCGGAACGGCCCUCGUUGUUGGCCUCAAUAUCGCAGAAGGCGUCCUUCUUUUUGUUGGGCGAGGCGUCCGAGUCCUCGUCGGACGCGGCCGAGGUGACGGUGACGUCGUCGCCGCCCGCGCCGCCGCCGCCGCCGUCGACCCCCGGGGGCACGUCCCUCAGCGCCGACACGAAGGGCCGCUGGGCCUGCCCGAAGUGCGCCAUGGUCAACGCCGCGGGGACGGCGCUUUGCGCGUCGUGCGACGAGCCGCGGAUCACUGGCUUGGCGCUCUAGUCUUGCUUUUGGGUAAUUAGUCACAUACAUACAAUGCCUAGCCUUUCGCGUCUUCUGCCGGUGGCGUCAUGAAGCCG